AUGGCGUUCUACGCCUCGUCAAGGGUGCCUCUUGUUAUUCCUGCCUAUAGCGACACGCAGCUGACCACGACGGUCCCUGUUUGCCACCAUCAUGCACCUUGUCCCAGCGCGUCUAAUACGAGAUCUGUACGCGAAUAUAUUGCAUCGUCCUCGCCGCCUGCCCUUCGUAAACCAUGCUAUCGUCACAUCCCACUACCGUCGCAAACUGGGAGUGACAUCCCGGUAGUGGUACAUCCACUCUUACGACUAAGCCGAGGAGAGAUCAUGAUGGAGCUCGACUUUGCUCGCAGUCUGUCGGGCGUACGCGUGUUUAGUCACCAUAGCUGUGUGAACAAGGCAGCGACCAACCCGCCUCUUCCGUCAUUGGCUGUUGUUCACCCAAUGCUUCCAUGGCCAGUAGUCAUUCAUAGGUCGGCCAUCGAGAAUACCUGUCCCGCUGCCGAAGUCUUUAUAUCAUCGUUGUCACCGCUCCUCGAAAAUAAGGAAGAUGCGCCCUUCACCAGCUGUCGCAGCGUGUCAGAUUGGGCGGAGCGAGAAAUAAUUUCCAGGCUUGUGUAUUUGAGGGGAAAGACACGGUUUAUAGGUCUCCAGGCUGUAGGAAGCGACACAUGGGAACUACUUGUUGCGAGGCCACGCAAGUCUCUCCUAUGUGGCGGUCGGGAUAUUUAUUUGGGGCACUAG